AUGGCAACGACUUCUCUUCUUCAGCGUUCGACUCGACCCGACCUUUAUGUUUGCGCAAGAUGUGCUUUUAAAGUGUCCCAGAAUUCGAAUAAAGCAUCGAGAAGAUGGAUUGGAACAAAAUACUUGGCAAAACUGGCAGAUGCGGGAUUGGAUUGGGCACAUAAGGCCGUGGAUAUCAAGACCGGAAAGCAGAAGAGCAUGCUAUCAAUUCUGGAGGAGCGAGGAUAUGUACACCAGAUAACUGGUAAGAGAGAUGAACUCGACCGUAUGAUGACGGAGAAACGGCUUGGUGCGUAUGUGGGUGUUGAUCCUACUGCGCCCUCACUCCACAUUGGCCACUUGUUACCUCUCAUGUCCCUGUUUUGGAUGUAUGUACAUGGUUACCAUACGGUAUCCUUACUCGGAGGAGCUACCGCAAAAAUUGGCGACCCGACUGAUCGUUUGAUAACACGAGAAAAAUUGAAGAGUACAACGAGGAACGAAAAUGUACUGAAGAUGCAUUAUCAACUGAAAGGUAUAUGGCUAAACGUCGAGGCAUAUGGCAGAAAAUAUGGAUACAAUUGGGAAUGGGCAUGGAAAAGAGGUUUAGCGAACAACAAUCACUGGAUGAAUAAGUUAACUGCGAUGGAGCUCUUACAAGUCCUUGGACCAGGCUUGAGAAUAGGCGCGAUGAUUGCAAAAGAUACUGUUAAAAACAAGAUGACGAAAGGCGAUGGGAUGUCAUAUGCCGAGUUUACAUAUCCUUUAUUGCAAUCAUGGGAUUGGUGGCACAUGUACAAUACAAAAGGCAUAACAAUGCAGAUUGGAGGAUCCGAUCAAUAUGGCAACAUCACCGCUGGUAUUGAUGCUGUCAAGUACAUCAUUGCGAAUCAUCCUGAUCCUGUGAUUAGGGACAUGCACAAGAACGCAACCCCACCUGUCGGAUUUACAGUUCCCCUGCUCACCACAUCAUCAGGAGCUAAGUAUAGCAAGAGCGCUGGAAAUGCUAUAUGGCUGGACAAGGACAUGAUGAGCUCUUUCGAUUUAUAUGCGCAUUUUCUUCGUACAUCAGAUCAAGAUGUAGAAAAAUUCCUCAAACUUUUCACAUUUAUGCCUCUUGAGCAAAUCACCACAUUAGUGGAGGAACAUAUGAAGGAACCUUCUAAACGACAAGCUCAACACAAAUUGGCGCGGGAAUUUCUCGAGCUGGUUCACGGGCUACCGGCAGCCAAGGCGGCCGAGCUUUCUCACCGACUUCUUUUCAGUAAACCUGAUGAUGAAAAGAGCGUAAAGGCGUUGCAGGAUGAGUUGAAGAAAGUCGAGGACCGUAUGGCAUCUAGUUCGACACCUUUCAGCGCGUCCCAUAGGCCAAGGGCAGAUCUUAAAUUACCACAUUCUUUCGUUUAUACGAGGAGUAUUGCAAGAAUCAUCGUCGCCGCUGGCCUUUGUGCCACAGCUUCGGAAGCGAAUCGUUUGUGUGGUUCCUCGGGAAUUUACAUCGGUGGAUCCAGACCUUUGGGAUAUGUAGGAAAGGACGAUGUCUUAACUUUUACCCCAAUUAAAACAUGGAAAAAUGCGGACACCCAUCACUACCUCAUCGACCGUGAAUUGCUUGUUCUUCGACGUGGAAAGUCCAACAUACGAAUCAUCAAAGUCAUCCCAGACGAAGAGUACAUUGCAGAAGGAUUAUCAUUCCCCGGUAACGAAGAAUGGGUCACACAGAAAACCCCAACAUUGUUCAACGAGAAGGGCGAAAUAAUUGAAGCGGAAAAGAACCCUAAUGUAGACAGACUUGGGGUGGACAGAACGGAUAGGGAGGAGAUCAUGCGAUUGAGACAGCUCAGAAGAGAGAAAUCGCAUAAAAAUACACAGGAUAGAUGGCAGGCACGUGGAACAAGACACGAUGAUAGAACGCAGCAGCUUAAACCCGACCUUGACGGGCCGGAAUUUGCGGUGAAGAAAGUGUACUCGCGUCCAUCUGCGGAGUGGGAUUCCUUUUCAGAAAAGGUAGAAUCGCAGACACAUUCAAAUCCAGACGGUUUAGUGAGGAAAAUAGGCUCAAAAAAUUCACCGCCGGGGUUUAUAAAUCCAUUGGCUGGCAAUUCUGGAGGCGACAGGUCAGACUAUUAA